UGCACAUCGCGAGCCGAUCCCUCCUAGUCUUACUUCGCCUAAAAUCGGCAGGAAGGCGUUUGAUAAAUGCAAAGAUUACCAAGAGGAACUGGUAUACCCGUGUUCCAAGAAUCAGGUUGGUGGAUGUUCCAGAAUCAACAACUGUGGACACGCUAGUGAGGAACUCAUUCUUGGGGGAGAGAUGCCCACUGUUAGACAAUUCCCGCAUAUGGCUCUGCUGGGUUUUGGAGAUAGAGAUAAUCUGGAAUGGCUAUGCGCAGGAUCCGUCAUUAGCGAGAAAUUCAUACUCACGGCUGGACAUUGCACUUUUGAAAGACAGAAUGGCAACGUAACUCACGUUCUUGUAGGCGGUUUAAAACGCUCAGAAAUGGACAAAGCGAAGAUACAUCGCAUCAAGAGGAUCAUCAAACAUCCGGAGUACAAGCCGCCGGCAAUAUAUAAUGAUAUCGCCUUGUUGGAGUUGGAGGUUCCUCUCACCCUAAGCAAAGAAGUAGUCCCAGCUUGUCUGAAUAUCGAUGACCAGGUGAAAGACCAUCGAGCCUUCGCCACGGGAUGGGGAGCUACCAUAUAUAAAAACCGGACAUCUAACAUUGAGAUUUUGCAAAAGAUGUUUCUAACGAAAUUCAGCAUAGAAGAAUGUCAGAGGUUACUCCGUAGUCCUAAGGUUAUUAUCAUUGAUCCCACCACGCAGUCGUGCUAUGGCGAUCAUACGCAAUCUAAAGACUAUUGUCAGGUAGGAAAAUCUCUUUAUUUUUAA